UUUUUUUUAUAAAUUACAAAUCAAAGUUAGAUAUUUUUUUUUUUUUUCUUUUUUCAAGUAUUGUUCUAUAAAAUACCCUCUUCUAUAUUUCUUUUUAUUAUUAUUAUCACAUACUCUUCCUUCUCUUCUCUUCCCUAUAUUUCUUUUUAUAAUAUAAAUAUUAAAAUGCCUAUUCCUAUUGAAUUCAAUUCUAUUCGCCGUAUGAGCACAAUCACUGUACCCAAACAAGAUAUUAAUUUUGACGCUUAUGAUUUUCAACUCUGUCAACCACAAACUGAUAUUAAAGGGGCGUUAGAGUCACGCGAACUUGAAGCAUCUUUUUGUCGUGACUUUGCUUGCUGUGGUUUGGUUCUUGAAGACCUUCAUAAUUUAUUACAACAUUAUGAAGAAUGUCAUGUUAGACUUGAAGACGAUGAGAGUAGUUUUUUUGACGAUAGUGAAACUACAAGUUGGUCUUCUAUUGCUUCUUCAUCUGUACCAAGUAGUCCUAUUAUGUUGGACGAAGAGAAUGAUCAAAUUAUUAAUUUGAAAAAAAAGGCAGCUGCUUAUCUUUCUGAUUUAUAUAAUUCAACUUCCCCUGUUUCUGAAGAAGACUUAACCGAUGAACAAGAAGAAGUUGCUGUAACAGAAACAUUAACAACUAAAUCAACUACGACACCAUCGGCUAAAAAAUCUUCAGGAAAGAAGAGAUCUUAUAAUCAAUUAAGUUCACCUCCUAAUGCACUUGAUAUAUUAACUCAAACUGCAGUGAAAAAGAUUGCUCUUGCUUCGGGUGGUGAUAUACCUACACCCUUAUUAACAGAUGAAGAAUUUUUAGCACAAGCUGGAGCCCUGUUAGCUUCCGCCAAUGUAAAUUUGAAUUCUGAUAAACCCUACAAAUGUCCAGUUCGUGGGUGUGACAAAGCUUAUAAAAACCCUAAUGGGUUAAAAUAUCAUAAUCAACAUGGUCAUUGUAAUAUGACAGCUGAUGAAAGUGAGAUCCUGUCUAAACCCUAUCAAUGCACAAUUGGUGGUUGUGGUAAAAGAUAUAAGAACUUGAAUGGGUUAAAAUAUCAUAUUGAACAUUCUCAUAUGGCAGUUUUAAAUCAUACCUUAUCUUCUUUCUUUUCAUCACUUACGGCUAAUGAUGAAUCAUCUCUAUCUUCCUCACAGUCAUCAUCUACCUCGAAUUCUUUCUAAGAAAAAACACUCCCCUCAUAUAUGUAUUUUUUUUUAUUCCUUUGUAUACACAUUUUACGUCCCUUUUCCUCACACAUAUACUCUCUCUCUCUUUCCCUCCUACAUACAUAUAUACAUACAUAUAUUCAUAUAUAGAUAUGUCGCAUUUUCGCUUUUUGUAUUAAUAUUUACAUGUUCAAUAUCAUGACUAUAACUUAUUGUUUCGGUUUUUUUUUAUAUUGUUUAUAUACAUUUUUUAAAUAAAUGAAUUUAUUUAUUACAAAGCA